GAGUAUAAAUCAUUUCAAAUCAUAUUUGAAAUUGUCCGUGGCAAGAUAUAACGUGACCAUUUAUUACAAUAUAUUUAGUUUUUUGUGAAUUCUGUUUUCUUUAUUUAUUGUGUUAUAUUAUUAACAAAUAUGGCUAAAAAUUUUAGCAGUAUGUUAUUUUUAUUUACAUUUUUGGUUAUGGUAAAUGAAAAUUUUAGUUUUCCGGGACAUAUACCGAUAAUCAGUUUUGUGCCAAAUAGUCUGAACUAUUUUACUCAUCGAAUAAAUUUAAUACAACCAGUACAUGGAGUACGCAAAAUUUUGUUUCCAGAAAUUAAUGGAGUAAAACGAAUACCUUUACGACCUUAUGAAGGUCAAUAUAUGGCCAAACAAAAUCUUCCAUCACUUGUCCCAAAUAUGACAAAUAAUAUCACAGAAUUUAGUCUUAAUAUAACAAAAGAAAACGAAAAUUUCAAUCAGAGCAACCGAUCUUUUAAUAAUGAUUCUAACAUCCAAAACAAGGAAAUAGAUAAAAAGUGGAAUUUGUUUUUCGAUCAGUAUUUUAAGAAUCAAACUAUUAAAUCUAAGACUGCCAGCAUUAAAAAUACGGAAAUUCAUACAAUUCCUGAGGAUAUUUUUGAGGCAAAAUAUACAGAAAACUCAGAAGAGACAAGUGAAUUUGUUACCACUACAGACACAACUGACACAACUCCUUAUGAUAGCGAGACAACAACUGAGGAUGAUCUUCUGAGAAAUGGCUUACCUCCUGAAGUUAUAUCAUCGCUUUUGGGAUAGAAAUCAUUCUUCAUCUUGUGCUCGACAUUGAACAUAACAUAUCUCGGUGUCCAGAAAUACCUUGAAAAAUUCUGAAACAUCUUUGAGAUUGUACAUCCAGACACUAUUCAACAGAUUCCCGUUCAGGUCAAAAUCUUGGUACAAUAAACUAGUUACUUCCUUGAUAUUUGUCCGUGAUCUCAAUCCUGACCCACUAUUUAAGAUCAACACGGAUUUACGUUUUAUGGGUAGAAUUAAUUUACUUGUAUUAUAAGUUGAGUUAAAAGGUAAUCUGAAAAAUGUAAAAAUUACUUUGUCAUAAUUCAAAUAUAAAGACAAAAUUAAUUUUCCAAAGAAACCAUUAAAUUUAAAUAAAUUAUUGUUUGAAAUAUCA